CACGUCCGUAAUGAUCCACGUCCAUUGUAUUCUCCCUUGUAUUCUUUAUCUGCAGGUGCAUCAUCACCAAUUCUUAUUAUAUAUGUUGCCGACGUUGGUUGUAUAUAAUAUCAAUCCAUUCUAUCACGGGCUCUACCUGCAGUAUAUGCGUGAUCGAACUUACACCAAAGAAGGAUUUGAAUAUUAAACCAGUUCGUGAUGUGGACAUGUGUUACUGUAACAUGCAGAGAUGCUGCAUGGGCAUCUGCCAUUACAGAAGAAUUAUCUAUCCUUAACAGUCAAAGCCUAUUGAAUUCACAGUUAUGUAUAGUUUUACCAGAUCGCACAGAAACUGAGGGGGAUGGAGAAGCAACUCUUAAUGCCUUGUUGGUUACAGUGGAAAGGCUUACCAGUAUUAGAGACUCCAAAAAUAUAUGUCAUAUUGGAGGAAAAUUUGGUGAAAUCUUGGCUGAAUCACACAUCUUAAUUGUUCAUCAUGGAAGGUCAACAAAAAACCCAUUUUGUUAUUGGCCUAAUGGCUCUGCUGUUCUUCCAACACAAAAUAAGAAUAAAAAUGGGUCAGGAUUGGAAACAUAUAUUGAAUUCAUUACAACGUUAUGCAUUCAGUUGAAGGAAGAGGCACCGCCUGGAGUAUGGGUUGUUUCAACUGAUUUGAUUCUUUCCGGUUAUACAAUGGAGCCUUUUAAUUGGCCUAUUCCUUCACCGGAUGCACUAGUGAUCACCCUGCAGUGUCAACAUGGGGAUGCAAUUUAUUGUGACUCAGUGAACUUGAGGGAACAGGAAGAGGCAAUAGUGGAUUCACUGUCAUUUGUUUCACCAGAUGAAGCCCCCACAGAAUUAAAACUAAAUAUAAGUAGCGGAAUCGUCUAUCUGAAAUCAACGGUUGCCAAGAAGUUGGUUUCUUUGAGCAGCAAAUUUCCUUUGCAUCGCUGUACCUAUUUUGGCGAGGAUAACGGAGCCCAAAUUUUACAGUUUUCUUUGUUUUAUGACCUGCUUGGACCACUUUGGAUUAAAGACAAAAAUGCUUAUUUGUCUGGUAGUAUUAACCAGUUACGUGAUAACAUUAUUGGCAUUAUGAAUGAUGAGGAUAAAGUUAAAGCUAGAUCAAUGCUUUGGGAGGAACUUCAUGAAUUUCAACUAUGUACAACUCAUCUUCCCCAGUUAAACUUCGUUAACUGGACCGCGCUUCCAUUGGAGAAAAUAUUGCAUCGGGAUUCCGUAUUUCAUGCGUCUACCGAUCAGCCGCCAGUUCUAAAUUGCACAAUUAAACGGAAUGCGCCAGCCAUAUGCAUAAACAGCGUGAUCGAGCCAAACUUGUACGACAACGAGUUGGUAAUGAUUUCGUCUUCCAUUCAAUCUGUCCAACCAGACCGGUUUUUGCGAUUGGCCGGAAGGGCCUAUUUACUAAAUACGAAAGUAGACAUGGACGAGAUACCCGAGUUUUAUUUAAACGACAACGUCUGUAUGAUUGGAUACUGGAUUCGCGUAGACAAUGAAAUAAGAUUGGGAAGAUCUCUUUUUUCGGCUAUGGACAUUCCAACUUUAGAAUACAACCAUCUGCGCGCAACUAUCUUUGGCCUGGACUGGACUGGAUUCUUUUUAAAGAAAGGCAUUAAACCAGAGGACGUAUGGGCACCAGAUAUUGGCGUUCAUUCACUUAUGACCGCCCGACUUUUUCCCCUGACCAAAGACGUAAAUAGCUGGAAAGAUCUUCUCUGGCUUCAAGACAUCGAUGGUAUUACAGAGUCCCGACUCGAGAGCUGGCGUAACAACAAGAGAUAUUCGAUGGAAGAUUUUCACCAACUAUGUGAUCCACAAACUUCUCUUCGUAAUCUCAGAUUGACCAACACCACCGCUAUUUUGGGAGCGAUUUCUCGCUGGCCGGGUUCAUUGGCCCCUUAUUUUCGGCGGGCUUGUGCUGAAAAAUGGGCCGACGCCUUGCUGAGUGCCCUGGACCAAGCCGCAUUAGAAGGUGAAAGACGUGAUCUUCCGCGACUGUUGGCUGCUAUUGCUGACCUGCUGGCAUGGAAAGCUGGCCCCCUUAGUGGUGAACGCAAUGGCCCUGCAACCAAUAAAGAAUGGACUCCAGCUUUUCGCCUUUUAGAGCAUUCCUUGCAUGAUGCUGUCCUUGCCUUAGCUCAUCAACGGACUAAAUGGUUAGCAACUCCAGAACUUUUGAUCCGUGCGGCUCGUCACUAUGAUCGCACCGUCCAUAUUCUCAUACGUGACACCGUCAAAAGUGUGCAAAACCAUAUGGUCAAGAACUGCGACAUUUCCAUUACGAACAGGCCAUCAUUCGGUGAGUGGGUCGAGUCGGAAUGUCCAGCUAGACUUGAUCUUUCUGGAGGCUGGUCAGAUACUCCUCCGAUUUGUUACGAGAUUGGCGGCAGCGUUGUUAAUGUUGCGAUCCUGGUUGAUGGAGAGAAACCGAUUGGAGCUCGAGGAAGAAGACUCGAAAAAUUUCAACUUGUGUUGGUUUCUGAGGGUCAGUCAGAGCCACUGGUUAUUUCUUCGAUUGACCAAUUAAUGGACUAUAAUAAUCCAACUGCACCCGGAGCCCUUUUAAAGGCUUCUUUAAUUUGCGCUGGAGUAGUGCAAGGAGAUUGUCAUCAAGAUUUGCCGCAGCAGCUCGAAAGGACCUUGGGCAGUGGUUUGGAAUUGCAUUGCUGGUCCAAACUACCUACUGGUUCCGGAUUGGGUACCAGCAGUAUUCUAGCGUCGGCAUUGCUAGCGGUUAUUUAUCAUAUAAUGGGAUACAAGUUUAACCGUUUACAUCUUAUUCACGCGGUGUUGCAUAUCGAACAGCUCUUAACUACAGGAGGCGGAUGGCAGGAUCAGGUAGCUGGCGUGAUGGGAGGUUGCAACAGAGGCUAUUCUUUUGCCGAUCCCAAUGUUCAGGUUCAUGUCGAGAAAAUUCAACUGUCAGAACAGACCGUCAAAUUCAUUGACCAGCGGCUGCUUCUAGUUCAUACAGGAAAGGUCAGGCUUGCCAAAAACUUGCUUCAGAAUGUGAUUCGAAUGUGGUAUGCGCGCAAGGAAGCAACAACCGAUUGCUUCAAUCGGCUAAUUGAAAAUUCUUAUGCAUGUAAAAAUGCCAUUCUCCAAGGGAAUAUCGAUGAGUUAUGUGGCGCAGUCGAUAAUUACUGGAAAGAUAAAAAAUUGAUCGCACCAGGAUGCGAACCCCAAAUGGUAAAAUGCUUGAUGCAUACAUUGUCAGAUUUCGUUUAUGGGCAGAGUCUAGCAGGAGCAGGAGGUGGAGGGUUUUACUAUGGCUUCCUCAAGCGACCUGAAGACAGGAGCAGAAUAGAAAGCAGCGUUACGUCUAUCGAGGGAUGCCAAGAUAUGGUAAUUCACAGAGCAACUGUUAACCUAACGGGUAUCAGUCUGAAGGUAGGUGGAACUGAAGUAUAUAUUCCGUAAGCUCUCUAAUGCGAGUACCUGCUCUGCCCAGUACAAUACUGAGAGUAAAAAAUGCUUGAUUAUUCAUAUUAUUUGAAAUAUAUAAUCUAAAAUUUGACUAAGACUCAGCAACAUCGUGC